AUGAUGCCAUCGUCUGGGUAUCCAGAAAGACUUCUCUUGACACCUUCGGAUUCAAACUCAGGCAUGACAGAAUGCACUUAUUUCUCCCAUAUUUCUUCCCCUGUGGAUCCCUUCACGGACUGUGACUCUUCCUUGGAGUUGUCAAAUAUCAACCACGUUUUUGACACCAACAGGAAUAACAUGCGUUUGGUCAAUGAACAAACAUGGAUUCAACAAGGUUUGACAUGUCCGGGAGUGCCAGAGUCUAACUGUGCGAGUGUGGCCUUUCAAAAUGCUGUGGGAGGAUACAUUUUGCCAGAAAAGGGGAGGUUUCUGCGCUCUGUUAUGGAUGCAGGUCCUCCGCUUCAGAUGCUUCCCGUUCCAGGGCCGCUUCCUACGUGGAGUCACCCACCUCCACAUAACCCACAACACUUCAACUUUGCUCCACCUCUUAACAUCGAAGAUCUCGAUUUUGCAGAAAUGGGGAAUUGUGCUGAACUCCAAAGGAAUUCCUUUUCGGAUUCUGUGCUAGAUUUUGCAGGAGUUCACUCUGAUCCCUGGAUCGCCGGUCAAGUCCCUGGAAGCAAGCGACAAAGGCUUUACUAA